GCUGGAUCACUUGAACCUCCGGUCAUACGCCGCCAUGGUGCGGAAUGCCGUGACCAAAGUGCUCCUUGAUGCCAAGGUGAGGACAAAAGACAUGGGAGGCUAUGCGACAAGCACUGAGUUCACCCAAGCAGUCAUCAUGAACUUGAAUCACCGGUGAGGUUGUAUCCCCUUCAAUAUGACUUGGAAUUUUAAAAGUUUGACGUUUUUGAAUUGCUAGUGGCAGAGGCUGGAUUAAAGUAUUGCUAAGCCUAUUCGUUUUAAAAACACAGUAGGAUUGUUGCAUCUCUUUGCUUUCCCGUGGAUUGUUACCAGCUGAAAGUGGAGACAUUAAAAUGAAGUUUUUUUCUUGUGGAAA